AUGGCAAACAUCUGUGUUAACACCACCCUCCUGAAUGUGAAUUAUGACAACCUCUCCUUCAUCACGCGUGUAGUGACAUACGUCAUCAUUGGUAUCAGUCUCCCUUUGACACUCAUGGCCAUCUAUGCUCUCUACUCUCAGGUAAAGAAUGGUCAGGUGGCUCCAAUCUACAUCAUCAACCUUUUCAUAUCUGACCUCAUUCAGCUCUGCUGUCUGAUCGCUUUGGAGACAGAACCUGAGGAAGAGAUGAUACAGAAAAUUGUGGGCCAUACUUACAGAUGUGGUGUAUUUACUAGUGUUUGCUUCAUGGUGUGUAUUUCACUGGAAAGAUAUUUGGUCAUCGCCCACCCACUGUGGUACCGCUUCAGACGAACCAUCAGGAUCUCUGUGGCGGUCUGUGUUGUAGUCUGGAUCAUAUCUCUUGUCUUGAUUUUUACUGUGUUUCUCUGGGUUACUAAGUUUGUCUUAGACAUCAUCCUCACCAUCUUCCUCAUCAUUCCCUUCCCACUGUUCAUAUUCUUCCUGGUUGGGACCCUCAGAGCUCUCUCUACUUCUGUCUCAGUCCCCUCUGGGGAAAAACGGAGAAUCGUGGCAAUCUUAGUCCUGGUGCUGCUGAGUUAUACUCUGCUGUUCCUGCCCACUAUUAUUUUGCUCACUGACAGAAGAUAUGGUGACAUUCUAUGUCUCCCGUCCCGCGUGUCUCUAAAGCUGAGUCCACUUGCAGACUUACUUCUGUACGUUUUCAUCAAAAAGGAGACCUUUGGGAAGCUUUGGACCUCUGUGUGCUGUUGCAGAAAGGAGAACAAUGACACCAACAACACCAACACAAUCAGUCUAGACCACAUGUAG